GCUUCCUGUUUGGCCUGAAAGGAUCAGAAGGGAGAGUGGGUUACCCGGGGCCUUCCGGUUUCCCAGGGGCUCGAGGACAGAAAGGAUGGAAAGGUGAAGCCGGAGACUGCCAGUGUGGCCAGGUCAUCGGGGGUCUUCCGGGAUUGCCAGGACCCAAGGGUUCUCCUGGUGUCAAUGGGGAACUGGGAAAGAAAGGGGACCAAGGAGACCCAGGCCUGCACGGUAUCCCUGGGUUCCCAGGAUUCAAGGGAGCCCCAGGCCCCACUGGAAUUCCUGGACCCAAGGGAAUAAAGGGAGACUCCAGAACAGUCACAACCAAAGGUGAGCGAGGACAGCCAGGUGUCCCAGGUGUCCAUGGGAUGAAAGGUGAUGAUGGUGUCCCAGGUCGUGAUGGGCUGGAUGGAUUCCCUGGCCUUCCUGGUCCUCCGGGUGAUGGCAUCAAAGGCCCUCCGGGAGAUGCAGGUUCCCCUGGCUUGCCCGGAACCAAGGGCUUUCCAGGAGAAGUGGGUCCUCCAGGACAGGGCUUACCAGGCCCGAAAGGCGAGCGUGGUUUCCCUGGAGAUGCUGGAUUUCCAGGUUCUCCAGGUUACCCUGGUCCUCCAGGUCCUCCAGGAGCCCCAGGACAAUUGGAUUGUGACACAGGUGUGAAAAGGCCUAUUGGAGGUGGCCAGCAAGUGAUCAUUCAGCCAGGUUGCGGUGAAGGUCCCACAGGAUCACCUGGAAAUCCAGGCCCCCCAGGCCCCACAGGUGUCAAAGGCAUCAGAGGAAUGCCAGGAUUCCCAGGAGAUACUGGAGCACCAGGGCUCAAGGGCUUUCCUGGAGACCCAGGUCGUGAAGGUUUCCCAGGACCCCCAGGGUUCAUGGGGCCCCGAGGAUCCAAAGGUGCUACAGGCCUCCCUGGCCCAGAUGGACUCCCAGGCCCCACUGGACUUCCAGGACCAGCUGGACCCCCUGGAGACAGAGGGAUUCCAGGAGAAGUCCUAGGAGCCCAACCUGGGCCCCGGGGAGAUGCAGGACUACCAGGACACCCUGGGCUAAAAGGACCUCCAGGAGAAAGAGGACCCCCUGGAGUCACAGGAAGCCAAGGGAUGCCCGGAAUUCCAGGGCUUAAAGGUCAGCCAGGCUUCCCAGGGCCUUCAGGACAGCCAGGACUACCUGGACCCCCGGGACAAGAUGGAUUCCCAGGAGCUCCUGGCCGAGAGGGGCCCUUGGGGCUGCCAGGAUCCCUGGGCCUUAGAGGUUUGCCUGGAGACAGAGGUGAACCUGGUGAGCCCGGUGUCCCUGGCCCUGUUGGUAUGAAAGGUCUGUCUGGGGACAGAGGUGAUGUCGGCAUAUCAGGCGAGCGUGGUCAUCCCGGAAGCCCUGGAAUUAAAGGAGUGGCGGGGAUGCCUGGCAACCCUGGGCAAAAAGGCGAUCGAGGGUCACCUGGAAUGGAUGGCUUCCAGGGCAUGUUGGGACUCAAAGGAAGACCAGGGUUCCCUGGAGUCAAAGGAGAAGCAGGGUUCUUUGGAGUGCCUGGUCUGAAGGGCAUGCCUGGAGAACCAGGUGUUAAAGGAAAUCGAGGGGACCGGGGCCCCCCAGGACCACCUCCUGUCAUCCUGCCAGGGAUGAAGGACAUUAAAGGAGAAAAAGGAGAUGAAGGGCCGAUGGGCCUGAAGGGCUACCUGGGCUUGAAAGGUAUCCAAGGAAUGCCAGGGGUCCCAGGGCUGGCUGGGAUCCCUGGGCUACCCGGGAGGCCCGGCUACAUCAAAGGAGUCAAGGGUGACAUCGGAGUCCCUGGCACACCGGGCUUGCCAGGACAGCCAGGGGUGGUUGGUACUCCUGGAAUUACCGGGUUCCCAGGAUUCAUAGGAAGCCGGGGAGAAAAGGGUGCUCCAGGAAGAGCAGGGCUUUUUGGCGAGAUUGGCCUUACUGGGGACUUUGGUGAUAUUGGGGAUACUGUGGACUUACCAGGAAGCCCGGGCCUGAAGGGGGAACGAGGAGUCACUGGAAUUCCAGGUCUCAAGGGAAUCUUGGGAGAGAAAGGAACUGAGGGUGAAGUUGGAUUUCCCGGGAUAACAGGCAUGGCUGGACCCCAGGGCUCUCCUGGACUUAAAGGACAGACAGGUUUUCCAGGGCUCACAGGCCUGCAAGGGCCACAGGGAGACCCGGGAAGGAGCGGAGUACCCGGUGACAAGGGAGAUUACGGCUGGCCAGGGGUAUCAGGGUUACCAGGUUUUCCAGGAAUCCGGGGGAUCAGCGGAUUACACGGCCUGCCAGGCACCAAAGGCUUCCCCGGAUCCCCAGGAGCUGACGUCCAUGGAGACCCCGGGUUCCCAGGCCCUGCUGGAGACAGGGGUGACCGAGGAGAAGCCAACACACUUCCAGGCCCUGUGGGAGCUGCAGGGCAGAAAGGGGAGCGGGGAACCCCAGGGGAGCGUGGCCCAGCUGGAAGCCCAGGACUUCAGGGUUUCCCUGGGAUCUCUCCACUAUCCAACAUCUCUGGGUCACCUGGUGAUGUAGGGGCGCCAGGAAUAUUUGGCUCUGAAGGCUACCGAGGCCCUCCAGGACCACCUGGGCCAAACGCACUUCCUGGAAUCAAAGGAGACGAGGGGAGCGUAGGAGCUGCAGGAUUCCCUGGACAGAAAGGAUGGGUUGGGGACCCAGGGCUCCAGGGCCAGCCCGGUGUAGUUGGUCUUCCAGGAGAGAAAGGGCCCAAGGGUGAGCAAGGAUUCAUGGGCAACACUGGGCCCUCUGGGGCUGUGGGUGACAGAGGCCCCAAAGGACCCAAAGGAGACCAAGGAUUCCCAGGUGCUCCUGGCUCCGUGGGAUCCCCAGGCAUUCCAGGCAUCCCCCAGAAGAUUGCCAUCCAACCUGGGACCAUGGGUCCCCAGGGCAGGAGAGGCCUUCCCGGUGCACAGGGAGAGAUGGGACCUCAGGGCCCUCCUGGAGAUCCAGGUUUCCGUGGGGCUCCAGGCAAGACUGGGCCCCAGGGCAGAGGAGGCGUGUCUGCUGUUCCAGGGUUCCGGGGAGACCAAGGGCCCAUGGGACAACAGGGCCCAAUUGGCCAGGAAGGGGAGCCAGGCCGUCCAGGGAGCCCAGGCCUGCCAGGGAUGCCGGGACGCAGCGUCAGCAUCGGCUACCUCCUGGUGAAACACAGCCAGACAGACCAGGAACCCAUGUGUCCUGUGGGCAUGAACAAGCUCUGGAGUGGGUACAGCCUGCUGUACUUCGAGGGCCAGGAGAAAGCCCACAACCAGGACCUAGGUCUGGCAGGCUCCUGUCUGGCACGCUUCAGCACUAUGCCGUUUCUGUACUGCAAUCCGGGUGACGUCUGCUACUACGCCAGCCGCAAUGACAAAUCCUACUGGCUCUCCACCACUGCCCCAUUGCCCAUGAUGCCUGUGGCUGAGGAAGAAAUCAAGCCCUACAUCAGCCGCUGCUCUGUGUGUGAGGCCCCAGCUGUGGCCAUUGCUGUCCACAGCCAAGAUGUCUCUAUACCCCACUGCCCAGCUGGGUGGCGGAGCUUGUGGAUUGGAUAUUCCUUCCUCAUGCACACCGCAGCUGGGGACGAAGGCGGCGGCCAGUCGCUGGUGUCGCCCGGUAGCUGUCUGGAGGACUUCCGUGCAACACCCUUCAUCGAAUGUAACGGAGGCCGUGGAACCUGCCACUACUUCGCUAACAAGUACAGCUUUUGGCUGACCACAAUCCCUGAGCAGAGCUUCCAGGGCACGCCAUCUGCCGACACACUCAAGGCCGGCCUCAUCCGCACACAUAUUAGCCGCUGCCAAGUGUGCAUGAAGAACCUAUAGGCCGUCCACCCUGCCCGCCAGCAGCCGUGUGGGAAGACCUCUUUGGUGCUCAUUCUCUUAUGUAUUUGUUCCAUUUUUGUUUGAGACAGUGUCUUACUUUUCAUCCCAGUCUGGCCUGGACCUAUGUAACCCAGGCUGCACCCCCCCACACCCUGUGGCAAACCUCCUGCCUCAGCUUCCCAAAUGCUGGGAUUACAGGCAUGUGCCACCACACCCAGCUUGGUGCUUACUCUUAACUUAUUACCUCAGAGGCUGACCCCAAAGUUGAUCUUAGUAUUUUCUUAAAAGAAAAAAAAAAAAAAAAAAAACUACCAAAGCAGCCCUGCACCCGCACUCACACUAACUGCCUGUCAGCAAGUGGGCACGGGUUCCUCCGGGCUCUACUGCCCGUGGGUCUCAGCCCUGUUAACAUCUGGGAGCAGCCCAUGGACCCUCACCGUGUGGAACAUGGACAUCGUGCCACCAGGAGUAGCCAACAGUAACUGUCUGUGUGUCCCUGUGUUUCCACUGUCUCCAGGCAGCUCACUGUACUUCACUCUUGUCCUAGAAUGAGGCCGACUCUGCAGGACAGCAAAGGGAGCUGGCCAAUGACAGCCGAGGCUCACUGCCCUCUCUUUCCACCCAAGGAUCCCUUCAAUGCACUCUAUCUAGGCCUGUUUCCUUGGCGGAGGGGAUGGCAGUAUCAUUUUCUACCAAAUCCGUAGCUGCUACCUCCCAAGAUCCCACACGGUGACACCUGCCUUUUUAAGACCCUGACAGUGGCAUGUGGUUCUGGCUCUAGCCAAACCCACAGGGAGGGAGAGGUCUCGCUAGCCCUCACCAGCAUCUGCUGGAAGGUACACUUAGCAAGUCAUUCACAGUGGUGUCCCACAACCUGUGCCACCUUAAACUGCCCCCACCUCGUUCCCUACAGCAAGCUGUUCUAUGCCUUUCCUGUGUAACACCACAAAUAAAGAUAAAAUAAAGAUAUUCCAA